UACUUCACGGAUCCGCUUCAAAGAGGCAGCUGCAGUGGAGAAUCAUGUUAAGCUCGGCUACUGCGGAGAGCCCAAGGUAGCCCAAUGAUGGAUUUUGAUGAGCGUGGUCCCUGCUCCUCUAACAUGUAUUUGCCAAGUUGUACUUACUACGUCUCGGGUCCAGAUUUCUCCAGCCUCCCUUCUUUUCUGCCCCAGACCCCGUCUUCGCGCCCAAUGACAUACUCCUACUCCUCCAACCUGCCCCAGGUCCAACCCGUGCGCGAAGUGACCUUCAGAGAGUACGCCAUUGAGCCCGCCACUAAAUGGCACCCCCGCGGCAAUCUGGCCCACUGCUACUCCGCGGAGGAGCUCGUGCACAGAGACUGCCUGCAGGCGCCCAGCGCGGCCGGCGUGCCUGGCGACGUGCUGGCCAAGAGCUCGGCCAACGUCUACCACCACCCCACCCCCGCCGUCUCGUCCAAUUUCUAUAGCACCGUGGGCAGGAACGGCGUCCUGCCGCAGGCUUUCGACCAGUUUUUCGAGACGGCCUACGGCACCCCGGAAAACCUCGCCUCCUCCUCCGACUACCCCGGGGACAAGAGCGCCGCGGAGAAGGGGCCCCCGGCGGCCACGGCGACCUCCGCGGCGGCGGCCUCGGCGGCGGCGGCCACUGGCGCGCCGGCAACUUCAAGUUCGGACGGCGGCGGCGGCGGCGGCGGCGGCUGCAGGGAGGCGGCGGCGGCCGAGGAGAAGGAGCGGCGGCGGCGCCCCGAGAGCAGCAGCAGCCCCGAGUCGUCUUCCGGCCACACUGAGGACAAGGCCGGCGGCCCCAGUGGGCAACGCACGCGAAAAAAGCGCUGCCCCUACACCAAGUACCAGAUCCGAGAGCUGGAGCGGGAAUUCUUCUUCAGCGUCUACAUCAACAAAGAGAAGCGCCUGCAGCUGUCCCGCAUGCUCAACCUCACUGACCGUCAAGUCAAAAUCUGGUUUCAGAACAGAAGAAUGAAGGAAAAAAAAAUUAACAGAGACCGUUUACAGUACUACUCAGCUAACCCGCUUCUCUAAGGCUCCAGCCAGCUGGAAUUGGGUGGGGGGCUCCAUACAUGUGAAAUAAUAUGCAAAUUUUGCCCUUGACAAGGUCAAGCCACAUGGUGACUUUUGAAAAAAGGAGGUGUGCAAGAGAGGAAGGCUACAUGGAGAUAGCCCAAAGGGAGAGGACCUGGGACUCUCUUGGUUAAGAUCUCAAUGGUUAAGGUUGCUAAUAAUUGGAUUCUGAGCGUUGUGCAUCAGCUAGAGUGAAUGGUUUGGGAUGCCUGGUGGUUCACUCUUGGAGCCCAAGGCACUUCAGGCUGGGUGUGGUCUCCUAGGGGACUAGGCCCUCUGCCAGGGCCUCUGGAGGCCAACCCCCCUCCAGGACCCUCCCCACAGAGCCUGGCCACCCUAGGACUCCUAAGUCAAGAAGCUGUAUGCUCUCCAAGCCCAGUUUACCUGGAGACAGGGGCAGAAGGAAAGGUGAGGAUUCCUAAAUGCCCAGAACGGGGUACUUUUUGAAGCGAGUGUGAAAGGCAGCUGGACUAAGGGGUGGCUGUAAGGUGGGGGAAAGGCUGCAGAUCCUGGAGGGAAAAGAAAUUUAUCCAGAGGGCAUGCAUGUCUUCCACCCCUCCUAACAACCCUCCACAGUGACCCAGGUCUGAGCUCCUAGCAGCCACUUCCUGCACCCCACCUGGAUUUUCUUCCUUCCAAUAGGGUCUUCAUCCCAACCUGCCACUCAGGCCCAAAGCCUGGCUGCAGAUAGGACUGUUUCCUGAGGUUGAAGGCAUUGAAAAGCCCAGAGGCUGCACCCAGGCCGCUGGCCCCUCGAUCUCUGCAGGAAAUGCCUGUGGAGUGCAGCAGUUUGGCAAAGUCUCCACCACAUUAAUGAAGCUUGGAUUUUUGCUCAAUGUUGGGCAGUGGGCCUGGCCAGCGGGUCCUCAACUAUGGCUAUGAGGGGCUGGAGUCCCCCAGUUCCCCGGUUCUGGCUCCACACUCUGCCACCAUUGACUCAGAACUGAGCUUGGAAGCUUUCCUGGACCUUCCAAGAGCCCAAGAGUGAUUUGGAAUUAUUUUAAAAGAUAAAUAUUAUAUUAUAUAUAUAUAUAUUUCCCUGAAGGAACCAAAGUGAAUUUUAAAAAGAUGCAAUGUGGGGGGGGGUGAUGAAAAUAUUUAAAGGCUCUAUCUGUUUACAGUGGUCCACGGUUAAACUCGCUCACUGCUAAGAAUAUUUGAAUGUACGCUUCAU